CUGCAAUCCCCACCGUGCAACUUGACAUACUUUAUCCCACUCUGAAUUCCCUUUGCUCAUCUCUGAGCAUUUUAAAGAUCUGGUACAAUAAUUUGCUUUCUCUCUUUGGUCUGUUCAUUUCGCUCUUACACUUGAUAAUAAAAGGUCAGCUUUGGCUGGAACCUUAGUGUUGCAGCCAUGCCGUUUUUUACUGCCAAAUAUCUUAAGAAAAGCAAGUGUCUCCGAAAGGGUGGUGCAGGGGACCGGGAAAAGAUGCCUGUCAAUCAUGAGGCUUUCCUGCUCAUGGCUAAUUCCCAGAAUGAAAUGGAAGAUUGGGUGAAAGCCAUCCGACGGGUUAUAUGGGCUCCAUUUGGUGGAGGGAUCUUUGGACAGCGCUUGGAGGACACAGUGCAGUACGAGAGGAAGUAUGGCCAGCGCCUGGCCCCACUGCUGGUGGAACAGUGCGUGGAUUUCAUUCGGGAGCGAGGCCUUACAGAGGAGGGGCUCUUUCGGAUGCCUGGACAAGCCAACCUUGUCAAAGAUCUGCAGGAUUCUUUUGAUUGUGGAGAGAAACCCCUUUUUGACAGCAACACAGAUGUUCACACUGUGGCGUCCCUCCUGAAGCUUUACCUUCGAGAGCUGCCAGAGCCUGUCAUCCCCUUUGCCAAAUACGAAGACUUUCUUUCUUGUGGACAGCUACUCUCAAAAGAUGAGGGAGAGGGUACUCAGGAGCUGGUCAAACAGGUGAAGAAUUUGCCCCAAGCCAACUACAACCUCCUCAAAUACAUAUGCAAGUUCCUUGACGAAGUUCAGGCUCACUCCAGCAUUAACAAGAUGAGUGUCCAGAACCUGGCUACAGUAUUUGGACCAAACAUACUGCGGCCCAAAAUGGAGGAUCCAGUGACCAUGAUGGAAGGCACCUCGCUGGUUCAGCACCUGAUGACGGUGCUGAUAAGUGAGCAGGGGCGGAUCUUCGCUGUUCCCCAGGCCGAGGUGCCGGGGAGCCAGCUGGAGAUCAGGCCCAUGCGCCAGCGCAGCACUGUCGAGUGGAUCUCCGAGGAGGACGGCGAGGACAGCAGGUCACACAACAGCGCUGCCAGCCCUGCUGAUUUGCCUUCUGCCAGCGCUGUGGCUCUCGAGGCCACUCCAGGACCUGCAGUGAAAAUCACUCCUCCAGAGCACAGUGGCAAAUCGACUCAGCCUGCCACGAGCCCCAGUAAAAGAGUGCAGACUUUGCCUCCAUGGAAAUAUUCCUUCCGCCAGCAGGGAGCACGGUCUGUGAGUCCAAAGCUGGGCAGCUCGUCCUUAGAUAUCCCCAACCUCUCGUCCAGCGGGAACUGGCUGAUGAACGGCCUGUACUCCCUCCGGGGCCAUCGCCGGACCGCCUCUGGGGAGCGAGUGAAGGACUCGUGCUCCUCCCAGAGACUCUCCACUUAUGACAAUGUCCCUUCAUCCAGCCUGUCCCUCAGCACACACAGCAUGGCCAGCACCACCUGGUCUACAUCAUCCUGUGAGAUCUCUGUGAUGGACUCGGUGAGCAGCUGCCCAGCCUGCCGGGCCAGUGACUCUUCUACUUUAAGCUCCCUAAAAACCGAGUGGGUGACUCAGGGCUCGCUGUCCCAGAGCGAGGUCAAGACAGCAGAUCUGGAGAACAGCAUGGACAGGUUUGAAGCCUGCAGCAGCAGCAGCAGUGAACAGAGUGACCCAGCUGCAGCUUCCCGAGACUCUGCCCAGUGCUCCAGGGCCUUACAGAGCUUGGUGGUGGAGCUAAAGACAGAACUGAGACUAGUAUCAAAAGGUAACGUCAUCUGCAGGGGGCACAAGGAAUGGGAGAAAAGCCCCACCCAAAUUGAAGAAACAAGUGCAGACCUGAGGAACCAAGUGGUCAGGUUAGAAGAAGAACUGGACCAAGAACGAAAGAAGUACACGAUGCUGGAGAUAAAGCUGAGGAAUUCUGAACGCGCUCGUGAAGAUGCUGAGAAGAGAAAUUACCUCCUGCAGAAGGAAAUGGAAGAAUUUUUUUCAACAUUAGGAUGUUUAACUGUUGGGAGUCAAAGUGCUCAAGUCCCUAAGUAGAACAAGUAUAGAAAAUCCUGUUUCUGACAAAAUGAGUGAAAACACGUAUUUUGUUCUGGUAUACUCAUGUAUCAUGAGUAAUUCUAUAGUGAUUGUGCUCUCAGUGACAAUUGCCCUGUUGUCUUUACAUGUGCUAUAGUAUUUGGGCCAGCUGGGAAAGACUGCUGACCAUAAAGCUUGAUUAAAGUCUCAGAUUGCCAAGAAAGAGUGGGUGCUCUCUGUAUCCACAGAAUGUAAGAUACUCUUCUUCAGAGUGUCCUGCUGCCAUCUUUGGACUCAACUGCACCAUCCUUUUGCUGGCUCAAGGACAGUGCAAGGUCGUGCAGGGGGGGUGGAUGCCCAGAACCAAUAGACAAGUUCGUCAUGGAGCUGAGGGAUUCCUGCACUUGUGGCAGGGAAGGUGGCAGUUCCAGUCUGUCACCACAGCCAGGAGGUGUGGCGGAAGGAUUUAAUGAGGUGGUUUUUGCCCCAUCCCUCCAUAAAGUUUGUUCAAAUUUCUCA